AUUUGCAGCUUCGCUUACUAUGUUUUUCCGGGUUACCUAUUUCCAAUGUUGACUUCCUUUUCCUGGAUUUGCUGGAUAUUUCCUACUUCUGUUCUAGCCCAACAACUAGGUUCAGGGCUUCAUGGUCUUGGAAUUGGUGCUUUGGGGUUUGAUUGGUCUAGUGUUUCCUCUUACCUUGGAAGCCCACUGGCCAGUCCAUGGUUUGCUACAGCCAAUGUUGCUGUUGGUUUUGCACUUGUCAUGUAUGUCAUUAUCCCCAUAGCUUAUUGGCUCAAUAUCUACAAGGCUAAGACGUUCCCCAUAUACUCAGAUGAGCUGUUCACUUCUACUGGCCAAAGCUAUGAUGUUUCAGCUAUAAUAGACCCCAACUUUCACAUUGACAUUGAGGCAUACAACCGUGAAGGCCCUCUCUAUAUGAGCACCUUCUUUGCUAUAACUUAUGGUGUCGACUUUGCCUGCCUUGCUGCUACUAUUGUUCAUGUGUUUCUCUUCCAUGGAAGUGAAAUAUGGCAACUAAGCAAGUCUGCCCUCCAAGAGAAGAAGAUGGAUGUGCACUCAAGGCUCAUGAGAAAAUAUAAGCAAGUUCCUCAAUGGUGGUUCAUGUGCCUACUUUUGGUUAACAUUGUGGCUACCAUAUAUGCCUUCCAGUUCUACAAUGAUCAACUCCAAUUGCCAUGGUGGGGCAUCUUGCUUGCAUGUAGUCUUGCCUUAUUUUUCACUCUUCCUGUUGGUGUCAUCACUGCCACAACAAAUCAGACGCCAACCUUGAAUGUAAUCUCAGAGUAUAUUAUCGGGUAUUUGUAUCCAGGAUAUCCUGUUGCCAACAUAUGCUUUAAAGUGUAUGGGUACAUAAGUUUGAAACAGGGGAUCGCCUUUCUGCAAGACUUCAAGCUUGGUCAUUACAUGAAGAUUCCUCCAAGAGCAAUGUUCAUGGCACAGGUCUUGGGUACAAUAAUAGCAGCAUUUGCGCAUUUGGGAACAGCUUGGUGGCUAAUGGACAACAUUCCAAACAUAUGCGAUAGGGCAUUACUUCCAUCAGAUAGCCCAUGGACUUGCCCUUCUGAUCAUGUAUUCUACGAUGCUUCUGUCAUCUGGGGUCUAAUUGGGCCUCAAAGAAUUUUUGGAGAUCUUGGCUACUACUCUGGCAUUAACUGGUUUUUCUUAGUUGGUGCGAUAGCUCCUGUCCUAGUUUGGUUGGCACACAAAGCCUUACCAGAUAGGCAAUGGAUUAGGCUUAUCACUAUUCCUGUGCUCUUAGGGGCAAUAAUUGAAAUGCCCCCAGCCACCGCUGUCAACUACACCAGUUGGAUUCUUAUUGCUUUCGCCUCAGGCUUUAUUGCUUACAGGUACUAUCGCAACUUGUGGAGUCGUUACAAUUAUGUGCUCUCUGGGGCACUUGAUGCUGGAUUAGCCUUCAUGGGAGUACUACUAUACUUGUUUUUGGGGAUGGAAAAUGUUAGCCUCAAUUGGUGGGGUAGUGACUCAGAUGGAUGUCCAUUGGCUUCUUGUCCAACAGAGCAAGGAGUCGUAAUCAAUGGCUGUCCAGUCCUCUAAGCAAAGCAUUUGGAUUUAUUGUAUGUUGAAUGGGAAAAAAAAA